GCGCCGUAUCACGUGAUCGAAUAAGUGGCUUGGCAUAUGCAGGAGUCUUCGCGGCGCCAUCGCUUCAAGAACUCGCAGUCACUUUAUUUCCCCAAAGCCUCCACGCAUUUGCUAUUGAAUGCAGCGUGUCAAGAGUCCAAAGUCUCAUCCACCUACCUUCCAUAGACGGUAUUUGUCGACUCCACGCAAUCAACACUCGGUGGCAAGGCCGUUUUCCUCGACGCCCAGCAAGCCUCAGUAUCGUUGAGCCCUUGUAACUACGCCCGCCAUUCGCAAAUUCAAAACAAGUCGACUUUCCCACCCGCCGUGAGAAUUUGAAUCCAUCAUUGCGCUCGGCGCAAACAUCAAUACGUUGGUCGUCACACAGUCCUCCCCGUCCAUUCAUCACCAUGGCCGAUACCACAUCUCAAGAUGCCGACCUCAAGCAAGAAACACCCGAUGUAGGCGCGGAAGUGUCUACUAGUACUGGCGCCGCUUCUUCCAACACAGACCCCCAGCUCCCUCCUUCACAAGAUGACCCAGCAGAAUCAGACCCUACCGUAUCAGCAAAUCCUUUAGAUGCGCCCAAAUCCCCACCCGCACAGGACGAUCCAGACGCAGAGCAAGAAGAUGCUGAAAUGGGCGGCGUCGAUGACGAUGCCAAAAUUGAAGACCCCGAUGCUGAAAAGGACGCUGUCGCCGAAUCGCAAGAUCCAGCCCUUGGAGAUUCUGGCGCAGAAGUCAAUACGGCCCAGUCCAAAUCUGCUCUGGAAGCUGCUGCAAACUCUCAUUUAAUUGCCCAGACACACCAGAUCAUUCUUCCCAGCUACAGCACGUGGUUCGAUAUGCACACCAUUCACGCCUUGGAGAAGAAGUCUCUUCCUGAAUUCUUCAACACCCGCAACCGAAGCAAGACCCCUGCGGUCUACAAGGACUAUCGGGAUUUCAUGAUCAACACCUACCGCCUAAACCCAGUUGAGUAUCUUACCGUCACAGCCUGUAGGAGGAAUCUGGCAGGUGAUGUCUGCGCCAUUAUGCGAGUGCAUGCUUUCUUAGAGCAGUGGGGCUUAAUCAAUUAUCAGGUCGACCCUCAAACACGCCCUGCCAACAUCGGUCCUCCUUUUACAGGUCACUUUCGAGUGAUUGCCGAUACUCCUCGCGGCUUGCAACCUUUCCAACCAGGCCCAAACACCUUCACCACUACUGGUAAACCACAUCCGUCCACGGACCGUGCCAAAUCUGCCACGCCGUCAUCCAAGACAGACUUGAAUCUUGAACUUCGGCGCAAUAUCUACGACGACAAAGGCAAGGAGAUCAAGCCGAGUGAAGACCCAGAAAAGCAGACCAACGGGGAAGGUGCCACUGCCAAUGGCUCUUCUGCCGAUGCCACCACAAAGGCCAUGGACGAGGCCGCCAGAGAACCCUUGAAGACCUUCAAUUGCUUCUCAUGUGGCAUUGACUGUACUAGAUCUCGUUUUCACUACGCCAAGUCCGACCCCGCCUCUACCACGGCAAGCGAAGCCAAGUACGACCUGUGCCCCAAUUGUUAUUUCCAGUCUAGAAUGCCUAGUAACCAUCGGUCAUCCGACUUUGUCAAGAUGGAAGAACCUGAAUACAACUCAAUACCCGACAAGGACGCUCCUUGGACAGACGGCGAAACCCUGUUGCUUCUCGAAGCUCUUGAACUUUUUGAUUCCGACUGGAAUGAGAUCUCAAAGCACGUCGGCACAAGAACGAGGGAAGAAUGUGUGUUGAAGUUCCUAAAACUUGAGAUUCAAGACAGAUAUCUCGAAGACGGCCCCAAUCCUGGCGCCGCCCUAAAAGCCUUGUCUGGACGAAGCCCAAUAUCUCAACUCGAGAACCCUGUCAUGUCAGUCAUCACAUUCCUUUCCCAGCUCGCGGACCCUGGCGUUAUUGCGGCUGCCUCGGGUCGGUCGAUUGCCGCCAUGCAAAAAGAACUUCGCGCACAAUUAGAGCAAGGCGAUGCCACCGAGACGGCCAAACCCAAGGAACCACUCAAGGCUGAGGAUGCCAUGGACGUGGACGAGACACAAGCCAGCGAAGAAAGCGCUGCCGGUUCAUCCGCCGUGGUCAAUGAUAUUGCCACCACCGCUAUUGCCACUGUUGCUGCCCGUUCCUCUGGCCUGGCAUCCCAUGAAGAACGUGAAUUGACUCGCCUCGUUGGCGCGGCCGUCAACUUGACUCUUCAGAAAUUCGAGCUCAAACUCGCUCAAUUUGCUGAAAUGGAAGAAAUAGUCCAAGCCGAGCGUCGAGAUCUUGAGAAGGGACGGCAGCAGCUCUUCCUCGACCGUCUUGCCUUCAAGAAGAGAAUGAAGGAUAUGGAGAAUACGUUCAAGCAAGCAAGCCUGAAGGGCCCAGAGGAAGGAAUGCGCAUGAUGCAGGAAGCAGUCCAUGCCCAGCAGGGAUCUAGAGUGGGUUUUGCAAAUGUCAAUGGGGGAGCAGCCGGCGGCGUUGGUCCCGUGGGAUCUGAUGGUGGCGAGUCCAAGGGAAUUGAUCUUUAGUAGACCUUCAACUCUACAUGUCUAAAGGGCGGCGACACUGUUUUAUGCGAGGCGUUGGGACGCGCUAGGGAGGGUCGACAUGUUGAAACUCGAUGAAAUCUCUUGUGCCGAUAUACAGAGGAGGUCAAGGAAAUCAGUUCGAUGGGCAGGCAGCGGCACGGGAAGACGAGCAGCCAUGAACGCUUCGGUGGUCAUCAUGACGGGCCAUCGAGCCUGCUUCGUCGAGAAUACCCGCCGAAAUGACUGAACGUGGUACUGAAUGUUGGACAUCAGGGCAGGAAAUUACAUGCGUGUGUAUGUGUAGCAACACGGGAUACAAAAUCAUUGGAUGUGACAUUAUCACAACAGUCUCACAUAAGCGUCAACUUGGGCGUGAGAGAGCCAGUGAUGUCGGCAUAGAGGAGGUCAAUUGUCGAGCCCAGGUCUGGAGCUAAUGAGAUAGGCUUAAUUUAUUUGGUAGAUCUGAUUAGCCAUCUGCGG